GACGUCAUUGCUGGCGUCUUCAGCUCGCGCGGACACAGCAGACGGCCAUAUUUGAGCGGAGCGGCCAGUCGCGCGGUCACCUGACGUUCACGCGCAUUCAACGGUCACACAGACACAGAGAUGCUCCGCGGAAUAAGCCUCUAGUUUAACCACAUGAUGUCCUUUGGCCCCGCGCAGGAGCCCUUGCGCAAAAUGGAGGUGCAGAGCGUCAGCAGUGAGGUGAAUGGGCAUCAGAUGAUGGAUGAGCCGAUGGAGGAGGAGUCCUACACUCUCUGUGACGAGGGCGCGUAUCAGGAGAUCCCCAUCACUCAUCAUGUGAAGGAGGGCUGUGAGAAGGCCGAGCCCAGCCAGUUUGAGCUGCUCAAGGUUUUGGGACAAGGCUCCUUUGGCAAGGUGUUUCUGGUGCAGAAGUUAAUGGGUCCGGAUGCAGGUCAGCUUUAUGCGAUGAAGGUGCUCAAGAAGGCAUCUUUAAAAGUGAGGGACAGGGUUCGCACCAAGAUGGAGAGAGAUAUUCUGGUGGAGGUCAAUCAUCCUUUCAUUGUGAAGUUGCACUAUGCCUUUCAGACAGAAGGGAAACUCUAUUUAAUUCUGGAUUUUCUCAGGGGUGGGGAUGUAUUUACUCGUUUAUCCAAAGAGGUUAUGUUUACAGAGGAGGAUGUGAAAUUCUACCUUGCAGAGCUGGCCCUUGCAUUGGAUCAUCUACACAACCUAGGCAUUGUUUACAGAGACCUGAAGCCUGAAAACAUUUUGCUUGAUGAAGCUGGACAUAUCAAGUUAACAGACUUUGGGCUCAGUAAAGAAUCGGUAGAUCAGGACAAGAAAGCGUACUCGUUCUGUGGCACUGUGGAGUAUAUGGCCCCUGAGGUGGUCAACAGAAGAGGUCACACGCAGAGCGCUGACUGGUGGUCUCUCGGCGUCUUAAUGUUUGAAAUGCUGACCGGCACAUUACCGUUCCAAGGAAAGGACAGGAACGAGACUAUGAGCAUGAUUCUUAAAGCAAAGCUGGGAAUGCCACAGUUUUUAAGCUCGGAAGCACAAAGUCUUUUACGGAUGCUCUUCAAAAGGAAUCCAUCAAAUCGUUUAGGAGCCGGUCCUGACGGAGUGGAGGAGAUCAAACGACACGCGUUCUUCUCCACCAUCGACUGGAAUAAACUGUACAGAAGAGAACUUCAGCCUCCAUUCAAACCUGCUGCAGGGAAACCAGACGACACCUUCUGCUUCGACCCAGAAUUCACAGCCAAAACUCCCAAAGAUUCUCCAGGUAUUCCUCCCAGUGCAAACGCUCACCAGCUCUUCAAAGGCUUCAGUUUUGUAGCUCCAGUCUCUCUGGAGGAAAGCAGAAGUGCCCCGCUGGUCAACAUUCUCCCCAUAGUGCAGAUGCACGGAGGCGUGGCUCAGUUUGCAGACGUGUACGAGCUGAAGGAGGACAUCGGCGUGGGUUCGUACUCCAUCUGUAAACGCUGCAUACACAGAGUCACCUGCAUGGAGUUUGCUGUGAAGAUCAUUGAUAAGAGCAAGAGAGACCCGUCAGAGGAGAUCGAGAUCCUGAUGAGAUACGGCCAGCAUCCCAACAUCAUCACUCUGAAGGACGUGUACGACGAGGGCCGCUUCGUGUAUCUGGUGACGGAGCUGAUGAAGGGCGGCGAGCUGCUGGAUAAGAUCCUCAGGCAGAAGUUCUUCUCGGAGCGAGAGGCCAGCGCUGUGCUCUUCACAAUCACCAAAACUGUGGACUACCUGCACUGCCAGGGGGUGGUGCACAGGGACCUGAAGCCCAGUAACAUCCUCUACAUGGACGAUUCAGGAAACCCCGACUCCAUCCGCAUCUGUGACUUCGGCUUCGCCAAGCAGCUGCGAGGAGACAACGGGCUGCUGCUGACGCCCUGCUACACGGCUAACUUCGUGGCUCCUGAGGUGCUGAUGAGGCAGGGCUACGACGCCGCCUGUGACAUCUGGAGUCUGGGAGUGCUGCUCUACACCAUGCUGGCGGGAUACACACCGUUCGCCAACGGCCCCAACGACACGCCGGAGGAGAUCCUGUCACGCAUCGGCUGUGGGAAGUUCUCCCUGAGCGGAGGGAACUGGGACUCGGUGUCCGACUCCUCCAAGGAUCUGCUGUCUCACAUGCUGCACGUGGACCCUCACCAGAGAUACUCCGCUGAACAGGUGCUCAAACACUCCUGGAUCGCCCUCCGGGACCAGAACCCACACUUCCAGCUCACACGCCACGAGGCGCCUCACCUGGUCAAGGGGGCGAUGGCUGCCACCUACUCGGCGCUCAACCACCAGACGUGUAAACCUCUGCUGGAGCCGGUGGCUGCCUCCAGUCUGGCUCAGCGCAGGAACAUGAAGAAGCUGACGUCUGCAGACAUGUCCUGAGGAGCUGACGUGACCCAGAUCUCACCAGGAAGAGUCCAGCGCGUGUGGUUUGUGCAGAGAGGACAGGACGCCUGUCUGAACAUUUGGUGACAAUCAAGCCCCUUUUCCUGCAGAUUUCCUGGAUGUCAGGAUUGGUUGGUGUUCGCUGAUUUCUCCAGGAUGUGGUACGAGAAGAUCUUCUACAUACUUCAGUUUUCCCCUCUUCAGCUGAAACAGGCAUGACUCGUGACCUGCGCAUCUGUCCCCGUUCUCCAUCUGUCCUGAUGGCAUUACCUCAGAAGCUCUCAGUGUUAGCGUCUGCUCGGCUCGUGUGUGUGUGUGUGUGUGUGUGGAUCCUCGAGGCUCGUCUCGGGCCGCUCCUGGGAAGAACAUGAGCUGAAGGUGGAGUAAAUCUAUAUUUAUAAAGUCGCACCAGGUGAAUGAAUGUAGACGAGAUUGAAACCGCAUCUCUCUGAUCCAGAUGGAGCGAAAAAUGAUUCCAUUCAACUUUUUAAAGACAUUGUGGAAAUUGUAUCAUAUUGUAUUUAUUUCACUUAUUUUUAAAGUUUUAUUUUUCUUUCAGGUGAUGUACAUAUUGACAUUAAAGAACAUUAUUGACAUGA